GAAUUCAGGUGGAGUUGAGAGCAGCGCCUUAGAGGAGACAUUCCGUUCCGUCUAGUUGAUAAGAAUUGCCGAUCUUGUCUCUUCCCGUACCGUUCCCGGGCCGCCCAUCACAAAGAUGGCCAAAAGAGCCAAGUCCCGCACCAUCGCCGUUCGCCUUAUCAGCAUGGCCAUGACCGGCUACUACAAGACCCUUGUCCGACCACGCGCAAGCAGACCGCUUAGCAUGCUUAAAUACGAUCCCGUCGUGAAGAAGAAGGUACUAUUCUUGGAAGCCAGGCGCGGCGGCAAAUAGACAUGCGAUUAUGCUGUAUUCGUCUAGUAUCGAGGUUAUCGAACGAGGUCUCAGGGCCGAUAUCGAGUCUAUGUGCACAACGGCGGAAAGCGGGAUGGGCAGUAUGUACGCUGGAUAAUUGGCUCGAAAUACGUCUAUUGCGAUACUUUACAGUCAUAUCUCGAAUGCCUAUGCGAGAUACAUGCCCUCGCUGACGAAAUACGCUGUCGGGCCACGUUGAUUCGUGACUACCUGAAUGCAUCCAAUGAAAUGAUACACUUGGCGGGCGUUUUUGGGGUUGUGGUGAGGGGAAAACACACCUCUACAUAUGCGUAUAUGUAUGUAUAUUAUGUACUUAUAUUUCUGUGUUGUCAGACCUCUUUUCCGGCAUUCUAGACGGCGUUGUUAUUUUCAUAGGAAGUUACUCAUAUAUCUUAUUUCAAAUA